UGAAAUUUACGUGCCCCAGUUUCGUUGCAGCAGUGAUUCAACACAUACAACAUUAAGUCCGUUAUGAUGUAAAUAAUUUUGAAAUGUAAAUAUCAAAAAGAAAAGAAAAGAAAAAAGUAAUUGGUUUAAUGUUGUUGACUCGCGAAACUAUCGAACCGGUUCAGCCCGAGGUGAACAAAAAGAUUCAGACCGAAUUUUACUAAAUAAAUAGUUUUGACCAGUAACAGAACAAACAAAACGUAUAUAUUUAAAAACGACAACGUUUGUGUUAUGUAUGUCCACAUUAGCAUGCAGAAAUAUGUUGUGCUAUCCUCAUUUAUUUAGCUAUUUUAUGACGAAUUGUGAAGCAUGUUCUGCAAAAAAAGUUAUUCUCCAAACAGUGGACAGGCUAGUCAGAGCCUCUCACCGCUGGGCAUGAAAGCGGAUAUGACGACAUUCAUUGACCAAACAACAAAGGAGCAAGACUUUACUUCGAUUAAGCUUCAGUAAUGGUGCUGUAAACGCUAAAUUUUUUUGCACGGUUGUCCGAAUUUGUUUAGCGAAGACCUCACAACUGCUGUUGAAUCUAUAAUAUGCAACAAUGUACAAAGAGAAUUUAUCAUAACGUUUAAAUGAACUAUCUCAAAAUAAUGCAGGUUUCCAACUCAAGCACAGAGCCAGAGUCACUCCAGGCACCUUCUGCAAAAAUGUCAACCAACAGAGCUGGGACAUCCCAGAAUGCACCUGCAAAAGGAAAAGGACUUUUGAAAAGGAAAGCUGGUUCUCUUAAAGAUGACAAAAGCAAAAAGAAAAAGAGAAAAAAUGUCAAACGAACUGUGAGACCAAAUUACACCAUCCAGGAGGGAGAGGACAUGCUUUUGAUUAUAUCAAAUAUAAGUAGUGGUGACCCUAUAUGGAAGCCCAAGCGGAAGGGAUGUAAGAAAAAAAAGUUAAACAAAAAAGGGAAAAGUAAAACCUCUGCUAGCAAAACUAAAAAAGCUCCAGUAAAAGCUAAAAUCCCCAAAGUCACAGAAGAAACUACUGAUAAAAAUGUUGAUUUGGACAAUGUGAAUGCUGUUAGGUUUGACCACUGGGGUCAGAGUUUACCGAUAGAGGUCCUGGUGAAAAUCUUUCAGUUUGCAGUUCACCAGGAUGGAGCAGUUCCUUUUCUGUGCAGGGUUGGCAUAGUUUGCCGUCUAUGGAAUGGAGCUGCAUCCUCUCCGGUCCUGUGGCGCAGUGUGUUAGUUGGCUACUGCUGGAUUGAACCUGGUAAGAGUCAGUUACCUGGGACAGAACAGAAGAUUAUGAACACUAUAGACUGGCUAGCUGAAAACAGAUUGUCUCAGCUGAGGGAGUUUUCCCUUUGCCACUGGAAAAAACAUGUUGACUAUGUUAUCCAGAAAGUUUCACAAUCAUGCCCAAAUCUUCAUUCUCUCAAGCUGUCUUACUGCACGGGAAUGACAGAAACAGCCUUCCAAAUCCUUGGUGCUGACUGUCGUUCAUUAGAGAAUAUAAAUGUGCAACACUCAGAGUUUAAUGUUGAUGGUCUGGUGUCCUUCCUUGAGGCGUACGGCAACCAAAUAAAGAAAAUUUACUUCACGCACAGCACCAAGAGUGACAAACUGCUCAGUGCUUUGUCUAAAGGUUGCUGUCCUGAGCUCAGGCUGCUGGAGAUCAAUACUAAAUUUGAAGGAGGAUUCUGCGAUCAACAUUUCAUCGGAAUUCAGGCUUUGCAGAUUGGAUGCCCUAAACUUCAGAUUUUUAGAUUGAUGAAUUUCACUCUACUUCCUAAAAUGUUCUGCAACAUGCCUAGUUCAACAUCCAGUUUUCCUAUGCUAGAGGAGCUGUGCAUUGCCACUUCCUCUCACUCCUUCAUGACAGACAGUGACCUGACCAAUGUGCUGCAUGGCUCCCCUCAUCUGCGUGUGCUAGACCUGCGUGGUGCCUCCCGCAUCACAGCCACUGCCCUCUACGCUCUGCCUUUUGAGAAACUGGAGUGUCUAUAUUGGGGCCUGUACUUCAAUAGCAAUACCAUGGUAGCAUCCAAGAAAGGAAUACACAUGCUUGCCCAGAAAUGGAGCAGCACCCUCAGGGAGCUUGAUUUGGCCAACCAGCCAUUUUCAGAGGAAGACAUGGAGAUUGCCAUGGGACAUCUUGCACAUGGUGCUGGAGUUGAUUUGUUUCGCUCCCUGAACCUCAGUGGUACAAAUAUCACUUCAUCUGCACUCAGGUUAUUCAUAACCCAGGCACCAGCUCUGAAGUACUUGAAUCUGUCUUCUUGCCGGUAUCUGCCCAGAGGGCUCAAACGAAUAUAUCAUGGUCAAGAAGACAUUCAGCUUCUCCUGGACAAAUUAGGCUGAACAUGUGUGUAGCGCAGGAACAUUGUUGUGAUUUUGUAUAUAAAGAUAAAGCCCUUUCCCAGUUAAUGUUAGACUUGCCAGUAAAGUCCCCCCCCAAUAAAUAUUUGUGUAUCUUUACUGCCCUUCUCUGCUACUAUUUUUCUCAUAUUCAUGUGCUGGUAAUGCAAUAAAUGUCUCAUGUUGUGAGCUUAUGAUAAUGUAAACAAGCAUUGUUUAAUAAAAGCACAAUGUUUAUAGUGAAAGAGUUUAUUGACUUGAAAGUUAUGAAACCAAGACCCUGUCCAACAAAGAACGUCAUGAAACAUGAAGGGUAAGAAGGUGACAUUGAAAGUGCAGCAGACACAUAUAUUUCCUAUAUUUCUUCACGCCCUGACGAAACUUAACAAUUCGCUAAAUUAACAGAAUGUAUAGCUGAUAUAAAAAACUGGAUGACCAGUAAUUUCCUACUACUAAAUUCAG